UCUAUAGAUUUGUACACACACAUUUAUUUUAAUGUAUUAUUAACUUAAUUGUCCAUCAAAAAGUGUUUUUGAAUAAUAAAAAAAAUGCAAUUAGUUUUCCACUACACAUUAACUACAUAUGUUACUUAUUUCAGUUCAGGCCUCUCUUAUUCACCCUUAUUCUUAAUUCAAAUGGCUUUUUACUAAUUAUUUAGGAGGAGGUUAAGGAUAGCUCAGAUUCUAUCUGGUUAUGGAUGUCUUUAUAUGUAUUUUCUUCUAAUAUUUUUCUAUUCAUUUCACAGAAACAAAAUUAUAAAUCCAAUAUGAUACUAAACAGAAUGAAGAUAAUAUACAUAUAUUUAAUCAAGUACAUGAUUAUUGUAGGAGUGAUUGUACAGUGUAUCCAACCAGCUUUCGCGACACCUAUAAAAAGAGUGCAAGUAACUGAACCCCCCAAGCAAAUUACUGUGAAUGCCAGUCACUUGGAAGAGGGAAAUGGACACCGUACAGGAAAUAAAUUCAAUUAUAAAGUAAUUAUUAUUGAAGCAGUUAUGAUGGUAGCAAUUGCAUUGCUAGGAGCAGUUGGAUGGUUUCUAUAUUACAAACUAAAGACAAAGGAGACAAUCAACAAUAAACCAAAGGGAACAGAGGAAUCACAGACUAAGCUCUUAAUAUCUAAAAUCACUUGGUUCACAUGGUUCUCAGCAAAAUGUUCCCUUGAACUGCUCACGCUUCUUUACCACAAACUAAGGAAAAAGAAGCCAAUAUAUGAUGAAGAAAAGGCCAUAGAGAAAUCUCAGCCUAAGCCAUCUACCACUUUGAGUAGUAAAGACAAGAAGAAAAAGACAAAAAAGGAGAAGAAAAAUGCUCCUGUGAAUAAAUCUGUGGUACAACCAGAAGAUUUAUCAAAGGAACCUGAACACGUGGCACCAGUCAGUGUUAUAUCUGCGGAACAGGAACACGAGGAAUCAGCCAGUGUUUCUAUGCCACCUAUUAUUCCAGAGGUUUACAAACCUGCUGUGGAAAGUGAGAAAGAAACUUGCUCCAAAGUUAAAUAUAAGAGGAUAACAGUCUUGACGUGGAUAGAAGAGAUCACAGAUGAUGAGGAUGAUGAAGUAUCACAUACUCAUCAAAUUAAAGAAUGCCAAAAAGAGAUUCCUGUGGCUCUUAAACCCAAAAUGAGGCAGGUAACGGAACCUAAGAAGGACCCAGAGUUACCUGUUGCUACUGCAAAGCCUAAAACCAUUCCAGAUGGUUUAAAGAGGAAGACAACGGAACCUAAGAAGGACCCAGAGUUGCCUGUUGCUACUGCUAAGCCUAAAACCACUCCAGAUGGUUUAAAGAGGCAGGCAACGGAACCAAAGAAGGACCCACAGUUAGCUGUUUCUACUGCCAAGCCUAAAGAUGGUUUAAAGGCAAGUAAGAAGAAAACUGUGAAACAUGAAGCACCAGAUAUAAAACCUAAACCUGAGAAGCCAACUGAAGACAAACUGCCUGUUGUUCCUGAAUGCCAGGAACUUCCUAAGCCUAAUUGUGCGUCUCAGUUCUUAAAGGAUAUCAUGAGAAAUCAACUUGGAACAGAUAAGGACCAAGAUCCAGAGACUGUAUGGAAAAGCAUUUUGAAGGGCAAUGGAAAAGUCUAUGAGCAGAAGCUGGAAUCCAAGGCCAAGAUAUCACCGAAGUUAUCUAAAGAGUUGCAAGAACAUUUCCAAAAACAUCGUGCAUCAAAGACUUCCAUUUGCACUGGUGUAGGAUCUUCUGAUGCGCUGCUUGCACACCCGCAAGAUAUACCUGGGGCUUAUAAAACUACACUAACCCGAACUUAUAUAGGAUCAAGAGAUAAGCCGAUUGUACCGAGUGAAGUGCUUCGACAAACUAUAGAGGAUAGGCAAUCCAGAACUCAGAAUCAACAUGAAGUAAUUCAUGUGGCAAAGCCUCAGCAACAGACAGAAUAGCCAAACAUCACUUUGAACAAAUGAAACGUAAAGGAGAAGUCCAAAAAUAUAUGGUUACGUAAUGAGGAUGAGAGGAUAAUGUGCAUAUGGAGUAUCACAAGGAGCCGGGGAACAGACGCAGCCGAACGAUGGAGGGAGCCGCAGGUCGGGGAGAUGGAGGA